AUGUCCGUGCCGCAGUAUCAGCCACCGAAAGAAAUCCAAGACCUGUUAGAUAAAAAAGAGCAACAGCAGAUCAACCAGCGCCGGCGUACAGCCGUUCUCCCCAAACGCUCGUGGAUAAAGCGUAACCCUCGUCUGUUCCAGAUCACUUUUCUUACCGGCUCGCUCCUUAUAUUCUUUUCCAAACCAUUGUACGACUGCUUCAUCGCUGAUCCUCUGCCACCGCCUGAGGUGAGGGUGCCACCGCACAGACGCUAA